GAAAAACCGGUUUAGAAUUUAAAGUUUUCUUGAAGUGAAUUUGUAUUUAUAAGUAACAUGUCGCCGUAGGGAAUGUGUAACUAGUUUAAUAUAUUAUAAGUAAAAUUAUCUUUGCACCUUCUGACAAUGGGCCGCAUCAAAGAAAAUCCUUGCCGAAAAUAUUACGAAUUCCAUCGUGCAGAAAAUAAAAAUAAAUGUAAAAUAUGUGAUUUUUCUAUGACUGGUGAUCACGCAUCUAAUUUGGAAAGGCAUUUAAAGCGAUAUCACUUGAAGGAAUUCGAAGAAAUUCAGCAGAUGAAAAAAAGGAAACUCAACGAACGUAACGAACCGAACUUAAUCGAAUCCAAAUCACAGGAGACGACAAAAUCGACUGCAAACUCAAAUUAUUUGUACGUAAAAUUAGAAAGAAAAACUCUUAUCGAUGCUUGUGUGGAACUGAUAACAGUAAAUGGUUGCUCCUUAGAAUUACUAGAAUAUUCGGGAUUCAGAAAAAUAAUAAAUCCUCUUAUCGAAGCCAUAGGCGAUAAUUUUUCCAUUACUUUGGAUAGUAUACGCCAAAUGAUACCAGACAUGGCAUCGAAAAUAAAGUCUCAUUUAAUCGACAAAAUUCAUAAGAAGAUAAUAUCACUUAAGUUAGAUAUUGCCACUAAAUCGGACCGAUCGGUGUUAGGAGUAAACGUACAAUUUGUAGACCAAGGAAAGAUACACCUGCACACCCUCUCGAUAAAAGAGUUGAAAGAUAGACAUCCGAAUCAUUUGAAAAAUACAGUGUACCAAAUUUUAGAAAGAUAUUAUAUUUCUCCUCAUCAGAUAUAUACAAUUAUAACCGAUAACGGAGCGGGCAUGUUAACAGGCGAACAAGACGAAUACAAUAGAGAAUACGAGAAUUUCCAAAUCAGUUUAAACGACGAAUGUUAUACAAGCCGUUUAGUUGGAGUGAAAUGUGUAAUACAGGAAUUUCACUCGUCUGUAGAGGAUGCCAUCAACAAUCCCGAGAUGGAGGAAUUCUUCAGCGAGUGCAGAGAACUGGUUCGACAACUUCGCAUUUCGUCGUUGAAUGCCAGCUUUGAAGAGAAUAAUAUAAAGCAACCUAAUUUAGAUUGUUAUUCUAAUUGGUACAGCACGUAUAGAAUGUUGGAUUCGCUGUCAUACUGUCAAAGUUUGUGUAAUGCGUUAGCGGCCAGCGAUUUACUUUAUUUUCUUCCCGGUGAGAAGUGGAAGAUUUUGAAAACCAUUCUGGAGACGUUGGGUCUUAUCAGAAACGUAGCGAUGACGUUGCAGUCGGAACAAUUGACCAUUACCGAUUUCUUUGGUCUGUGGAUCGAAACAAAAAUCAAAUUAGAAAGGUACGAUAACGAUUUCGCAUUUUUGUUGAUAAAACAAUUAAAUGCUCACGAGAAGAUCUUGAUGGAAGACAAAAGUAUGCUAGCGGCCAUGUAUCUAGAUCCACGUUUCCAAAUUUUAUUGAGUAGCCAACAGAAAAUAACCGCCAAAUAUCACUUAAAAGAAAUUUGGUCCGUUCGCGAUUAUUUUAAUAGCAGCAAAGAAGAAAAAAUUAAGGAUAAUUCCGUUACUGAUAUUGCCAUCGAAGACGACGAUGAAUUGGAAGUAUUUUUGAAAAAUAAAGAGAAAGACGACAGAUCGAGGAAUGGGGUAUUCAAACCCGUUAUCGAAAAUAUCAUAGUGGCUUUCGAUGGAAUUGAAAGAAUGAACAGAAAAAAGAACGUUUUAGAAUUUUGGGAAGAAAAUAAAUAUAUUUAUCCUCAAUUAUAUCAGUUGGCAAUUAUUAUUUUUAGUGUUCCAGUUACGCAAAACAGUUUCCGUAAAGCUUCGUCGGGUUUAAACUUUGUUUUGCGUGAAAACAAAGAUUCGUCGUACAACGAAAUGUUAGAAGACAUUCAAUUAAUACGAGCGAAUUUGUCUUGUUUACGCUAAAUUGAAAUGCAUUGUUGUACUGUACGCAUUGAGUAUAUAAAAUAUUACUUAUUGUU